GCUGAAUUUCGUCUUAAGAUAUGGCUAUUCGUCCCAACUUGACCUGGCUGAGAGGAAGGACACACACAACUGUUGUGCGUGCUUUCGCCUUCUUGCUUCUUGCUUGUUGCGAGCGACGAUGACUGGCAGCGGUGGCCUUGGCGAGUCAAGAAGGGGAGCAAGGGAGGAUAGCGGAAGCAGGCAUUAUGGGAACGAUGCUGCUGGAUAUCUGUGGCACGAUGUGCUCUGGCAAGCCAUGCGGGUGUUGAAAUGGCUGGCAAUUGCUUCUGUUGUGGUCAUGGCGGUGUUUGCUGUGUGCUACGCCGCAAGCGUCUUCAUCUACGGAGUGACGUACUGGUGGAUUGUACCAGAGCCAGAACACUCGUGGCCGCUGUACUUUGACUACGGCUCCAAGGGUGGCCAACGUCCUCUUACACACGUGUACCUGAGCCAUGACACGCGCCACGCGCUUCGCGUUGGACAAGCGUAUGAUUUCACGGUGGAGCUGGAGCUGCCAAACUCGCGGCCGAAUCGGCAGGCCGGCAUGUUCAUGGUCUCGCUUUGGCUGUCCAGCACCAAGGAUGAUGCGCACGCUUCCCACGACAUUGCGCUCCAUCAAGGCGAACUCACCGCAACGGGGAACCUUGUUGAGGCGAGCCCCGGGGUGGGCGGGAGUCGGCCUGCAAUGCUGCCGUACCGCCCGAGCAUCGUCCACUUUCUCCGCCGCAUCCUCCUCGCCGGCCCGUAUCUCCUCGGCCUCGUCGACGACACGCAGACGGUGACAGUGCCUGUAAUGCAGCAUGUGCACGUGAAGGGCCGUGGGCUCCACUGGGCGAGCGUGUCGCUCUCGUCAUCAAAGCUGCAAGUCACCCGCGCCACCCUCAUGGCCCGAACACGCAUGCAGGGAAUGACGUAUUGGAUGUACCACUGGUUCCUGAGCUCCUUCGUCGUCGGAACCCUCAUGCUGGCAUCAGCCUUGACCGUCGGCAUCCUCCUCCUCAUCCUCAUCCUCAUCUGGCCGUACAUCCACGAACCUGUCAUGGCUGCUGUUCACACCAUCAUUGGAGACGACGACGCUGGUGACCAUUAUCCCCACCAUGAUGAUGAUGAUGAUGACGAGCGGGCACGCCAGGAAACGCAACGCGGUCUGGUGUACAACCCAGAGCUGGACAUGGACGUCUUGCCCGGUGGCGAUGACAACACUGGGGGCGCGGGUGCCGUUGAUGUGGACGAGCUCGCGCAUCGGCUGCAGCGGGAAUCACGACAGCGAGCCAGACACGCUGUUGGUGGUGGUGGUGAUGCUGAUGAUGAUGAUGAUGAUGAUGAUGACAGCAGCAAUGACGAGCCGGAGAGGACAAGGGAGCGCCAACACACCUCGUCUAUCAACAUUGCCCGUGCGCACACACGGUCCAAGGGCAGCCACGAGGGCGCUGAUGACAACGGUGGUGAAAAUGACGCAGGGGAGAUGAGUGAUGCAGAGGAUGUGCUGCACGAAGAAGGUCGACGAAGAAGAGACAUUGGACAUGUUGCUGGUGGGGGAGAUGGAGAGUACCGUGACGACCACGCACAACAGUCGUCCUCGCUUGGGCCCGCUCCUUCCCUCGCCACCACCUCAUCCACCACCUCACCCGCGCUUCGACGACGUCGACAUGAACGGCAGCGAGCGGAGCAGUGAAGAGUGAGAGGCAGGAGCGGGUGAAGUGGCGUUUGUAGAUUAAUUGCAAUGUUACCAAAUAAAUGUCAACGUCCAAG